GCUCGGGCGCAUUCGGACGCUGAACGUUCGCGGUGACGGUCGACUCGCGUCGUGCGUCGUGUGUGCGGUAGAAUUCGUGCGUGCGUUCGCGGCCUGCGCGUCAGUUCGCGCUCUUACCAUCGUCGUCGUCGACGUCGUCGCCGUCGCCGCCGCCUGCUGCCCCGCUGGCUCCGCCGAUACUCUGACACCCCCGCGACGAUGACGAGGUGACGGCGCCGCGCGCAAAAUUAUCGCUCCGCGCGACGGAGGUGUCGAAUAUUUUCUCCGGGCUUUCCGCGAAAAUAAUGCUGUGAAUCGUCGUCGCCCUUCACGCGAGCGCGGAAAAUGGCCCAGGACGUCACCGACGACAUCAACCUCACGCCGCAGGAGUUGCAGACGCUGUCGGAGCUGGACAGUCGACAGUUCGGUUUCCUGAAACUGAACUCUCCGGAGCAGGCAAAAAAGAAGGCUGUGGUUGUUCGUGCCAUAAAAUACUUGGAACGUAUGCUGGUUCAGGCUCAGGCGGAGAAGCAACGCAGGAAAGCGGAUAGCACAAAAGCUAGUCCAGAUGAUUCCAAGGAAAAUGAGGACGAGGAUAAAGGGAUUAGCAUCGAUCCUAAAACAUACUGCAAGCUGGGACACUUUCAUCUGCUCUUAGAAGAUUACACCAAGGCAAUGUCAGCGUAUCAGAAAUUCUACUCGUUAAAAGGCGACUACUGGAGGACGCUUCGUUUUUGUACGGUUUGGGUCUCGUCUACUUCCACUUCAAUGCCUUCCAGUGGGUGAGUGGCAAAUAAAAUUUCUCUGCUAAUUGCAUGCGAACGUUGUAAAACGAACGUCGCUCGUUAAAUCAAGUUGAUUCUAGUUCUGAUUACAAUUAUGUUAUGGAGUUUAGCAAUAAUC